GCGUGGCCGCCAGUUUCUCGCCGAUCGCCGCGCCGUGAGCACGCCUUGUAAUGCGCGCCGCGUUUUGACGCGACAUGGCCUCGUCCACGACCGGUAACAUCGUCGUCGAGUGGUUGCGAUCCCUACAUUUGGGCCAAUAUGCGGAGAGUUUUAUUGAUAAUGGCUACGAUGACUUGGAAAUAUGCAAACAAGUCGGAGAACCAGAUUUGGAUGCAAUCGGGGUUCUCAAUCCUGCACAUCGUCAAAGGCUGCUGCACUCUAUCAGAACUUUGAGAGAGGAAGGUGCUGCGGCUGUCUAUUUUACAUUGGAGGAGGCCGCCGCCGCUAGAGACUCCUGUAGAUGUGAAGAAGAAGCCCGAAAAGAGCAGGCAACAGUUGCAAUAGAGCCAGCAAAAUAUGCCGAUGAGUACGAAGAAGGCAAAGCGGAAUUAGUGAAAAUACCGCGCUUGCAAUUAAAGCGUCUGCUUCGGGAACGUCUCGCUCAAGACGGAAUCCGACUAAGUCUGCAGCCGUAUUCAACAACGGAUGGUGAUCGAGGUUACCUCGAGGGCCUUGCGUCUAGAUAUGCGGAUUUAUUCUCGACUCACUACGGUGAUGUGUUGGACCAUCUCGAGGAGUUGAGGAGACAUGAAUGGGAAGAGAUGUCACCAAGGAUGAGAGUGCUUGGAGGCCCUGGGACACCACAAACACCACCUUCAGCCAGUCCUGGCUCUCUCGCGUUGAAUAACUUAACAACAUCACAUUCACAACCAAUUUAUGUGCCUGGAAAAUAUUCGCCAUCAAGUUGCCUGACAGACAAAGAGGAGGACGAGAUUUACGGUUUCGGCUACGGAGUAUUCGGGAAACAGAUGUUGCAGCGGCAACAACAACAGAAACAGCUGUUGCUGGCGCAACCGACGCAACCACUUAUGCACAACCAACAACACAAUUAUCAGAGUUGUUUAAGUCCACGGUCGGCGUACUUCUACGAAUUUCCACCUAGUGACUUCUUUCUUGCAGAUAACUGUCUUGGAACUGCUAAGAAGAAGGUGACCACAUUCUCAAGACUACUUCGGGGUCUAAAGUCCCAUAGGAAAGAAAAACAUGGCUCGUGUUCGCCGAAACACACACAUAGUCCCCGUCAAAUAUUACCGCCGCAAAGGGUCGACACACCAGACAGCGUGCUACAAAGUGGCCUGGGUCUAGGUCCUGGACCCGACACGGCCCUGAGGUCCAUGGUUGACCCCAGGGACUAUGAUCGCCUCCGCUCCUUACAAAUGAGUGCCGCCCAACCUAACACCUUUGAAGAAACUAUACAUAGGUUAAAAGUUCAGGAAGCAAUGAAGAAAAAGGACAAAUUAGCGAGAGAACAAGAAGAGAUUCUAAGAGAUAUAAGACAUGGCCUUAUGAAUAUGGGAAGAGACGGAGUCAGAGGCCCCUUCGGAGACGAUACGUAUAUGUACGACGACGAAGCGAGAGGACUGACUGGAAGAGGACACUGGUAUGAUGAACCUCCGUAUGAAAGCGAUCCAGAAGACUUUCUUAUGGGUGGCGGAGCACCUGCUGCGACCUUUCAAAAUGGGCGUGUCUGCUUCACAUUGAAUCUACGCAACGAGCCUAGAGGUGAAGGCGUCAUUUCCCUGAGAAGCGCUGGUGAUAUAAGUUUAGCGAGAGCACCUAGGAGAGGUUUAAUUAUUCCGCAAAGCGGUCCAUACCCAACCACUGUAAUUCCCUUACGAACUGCGAGAGAUCGGGAAAGCGGGGAUUAUGCUGCGUCUGAUAUUCAAUCAAUAGGGUCAAGACUAUCGGGCAUUUCACUUGAAUCUAACAGAUCUGAACGGGAUUCUAGAAGAGGUUACCGACAAAUGUCAGGAUAUCGGAUAGGUGCCGAUCCAUUAUCACCUGCUUCUUCAGAUUACGAAGACCAGGAGAGCGAAACUGAUUCACAACAUAUAGCCACAGUACAUAAGUCAGCUGAGGAAUGUGAAGGAGUAUCCAAUUUAGCAGGAAAAGUUCGCGGUCUAAGACAAGAUGUCCAAAGAAAAAUUUCAAGAUUAAGACAAGAAAGAGGUCCAGAAGGAAGUGAUAGACGAACAAGUGGUGAUCAAGCGUUUCCAUGUUCUAAUAGUUCUUUUGAAAGUCUUCCCAGCGGAUCAGGCAGUAGCACACAAGCAUUGGUUCGCGCCGGUAGUAAUCACUCAUCUCUCUCGGCAGAAGAAAACAUAGAAUUAAGUCCAGCCGGGCGGAGCUUACUGGUGCCGCAAAUGCUGUGCCGAGCUCGAGCACUCGUCGAUUACGUGCCCAAUAUUUAUGAGAAAGAUGCCCUGCGAUACAAGAAAGGAGACAUCAUAGAAGUUAUCAAUAUGAACGCAUCGGGUAUCUGGCGAGGUGUUCUAAACAACAAAGUAGGAAACUUCAAAUUUGCUAACGUUGAAGUUCUCUCUGAUAGAGACACCAUGCGGUCAAGGUCUUCCAAAUGGUGCAAAAGUCGUGAAAGGUUAUGGGAAACUAGACCACGAACAGUUGAUGAAUUAUUGAGAAGGAUAGACUUACCAGAAUAUACAGUGGCCUUUGCUAGGAACGGAUAUGAAGAUAUAGAACUUUUUAAAGAGAUUGAACCAUCAGAUUUAGAUUAUUUGGGAAUUAUGACGCCCGAACAUCGCACUCGCAUCCUGGCUGCCGUCCAACUGUUGCAUCAGCUCGAAUGUGGUGAAGGGAAUGGAGAAGCCGAUGGAGGUGGAUCUAGUUCAGGAGGUGACUCCCCAUUUGGUAGGCGACAGUUUCCUCGAGAUUCAGGCUGCUAUGAGGCGAGCGUUGGUGUUGGUGGUGUUCGUGUUCGAACCUCACCAUUAGUUCACAGAGCUGAUGAACCUACUCACAGACCUCCUGAACCAGCUCCUCAGGCGAAACGGUCUGUUCGCCGACGUCAGCCAGACGAUGCGGAAUGCGACAGAAUUGAACGUUAUCCUGGGUCCGUCGGAGAGAGAACGAUUGCUCGUACUGGAGGAUUGCCGGGUGGUGCUAGAGAUGACACUUGUGAGUCAGAUCAUAGGCUUAAUGUUGUGAAGUUUGUAGCCGGUGGCGAGCCUUGUGCCUCAGAGAAGAGCAGCGAUUCUGGAGUGAGUAGUUCAUCAUUAAGUUCAGCACAUCCACACCGACCCUGAGCGCGGCCUGCCGCGCCAGCGCUUGCGUAGGCGUUGGCGCGGGCGCGUGCGCAGGCCGCGCUGCCGCCCGCACCCCCCGCCAUUACCGAAACUGUCGUGCCGCCCGAAUGCGAAUAGGACAAGUAGCGGGGAGACCAACUGUUUAGUGCGAAAACUAUGUCUAUAAUAACAUGAUAUUGCAAUGACAAUAGUAAUGGAAUAUCGUAUAUCCAUAUUGAAAAGACUUCUUUUGUAUCAAAGACUGAGUAUUUUGUCUGACCAAUUUUUUUAUUUUUACUUGAAAUAAGAAUUAAUAACGUCUUUGCAUACGGGCGGCAUCCAUUUUUAUUGGUGUGGGUGAAGUUAGAAUUAUUUCAUAGAAUUUCGAAUUCUAUUAAACAUUUAUGAGCAAGUCUAGGAAUUUUUUUUUUCUGAAAUUCUGUAUUAUUUUCUAUUAUCAUAUAAAAUAUUUCAACUUUUAUUUUUCUAUUAUAAACUGACAGUUGUAAAAUAGAAGACAGCAAUAAUUAUGUCUAUAAAAGAAAAAAGACAAGUAUUUACCAUUUCUUUAUACGAUUUCAAAAUGAAAAGUGUACUUUAUUAUCAUUCCGUUGAUAAAAUAUUCAUAUCAUUGAGUGCGACACUAAUAGCUUUAGUUUGUGUUAUAGGUUUAUGAGAUUUUGUCUUUUCAAUUUCAAUCCUUAUAUAGUAUUAUAUAUGUCGCAGGGAAAUAAAAAUACUAGAAAUUUCGUAAAAUACUCGAAGAUACUUCAGGAUUAUCUUUCCUAUUUUAUUUUUAGAUUUAGUUUGGCGAAACCACCUAUCACUGAACUUAUUAUAGUAUUUUGUUAUUUGUAUCAUGUUUUUAGCAACAAUACGUAAUAGAUUAAAAUAUUCCACUUCUUCCAUGAUUUCAUGGUAUCCUUAGGUAUUUCACGAAAUCUCUAAUAUUCACACUUGUCUGCGACAUAGGUAUACAUACAUGUCUUUGUCAUUUCCAUUAAUUUUCUAUAAUAUUUUUAACAGAUUAUAAUUUAAGUGAUGCUGUAUUUCUUUGUAGUGAUGGCAAUAAGCCAGUUGAAUAGUGAACUGGAGCGUUGUAAGCGCAACAUUCGAUAGCAAUAAUUGUAAAUAAUAUAAUAGAUAGGUUAAUUAUUAUAUGUUGACACUUUUUUGUAAUUUUUUAAGAGAGCUUUAUGCGGUAUGCCGCAUGUACAGUUAGUGUAGGCACUUUGAGUGUGAAAUUU